UUUUUAAAACAGUCCAAAAAUAAAAUCAGAGGUUCCAAUCGCAUUCUUUCUCACCGAUCCCCGUUAGGGUUUUGCAAAGCUACUCCGGGGUUGCGUUGUUCGGUGCUCACCGUCACCGGCCGUGUGUACUUGACGGAGGGAUCCGCUCAAUUGCCAUACACGGUACACCAUUGCAAAUCUUCAACGGUCUCGUUUUCUCUAUAACAGAAAAUCACGGCAACUGUUUACACGGAACUCAGAAUAUGGUAGAAGCAGGGGAAGAAGUUAUCGAGUUCAAGUGGGGUAAUAUGAGAUCGGUUGGCGGGAGGAAGAAGGAUGUGCGCUUUUACGAUUCGUUUUUCUACGAUGGUGUAGAAUACUCGCUCUUCGACUCGGUGUUUCUAUACAAGGAAGGCGAACCCGAGCAUUACAUUGGCAAAAUCGUUAAAAUAUGGGAGACCUCUGAUAAGAACAAGAGAGUCAAGGUUCUAUGGUAUUUUCGUCCUUCUGAGAUUGGAAACUUUUUGGAAGGAAAUGACGCACUCGAGAACGAGUUGUUUCUGGCAUCUGGUGAAGGUGAAGGACUUGCAAACGUCAAUCCUCUGGAAGCUAUUGCCGGCAAAUGCAAUAUUGUUUGCAUUUCUAAGGACAGCAGGAAUCCAUAUCCAUCUGAUGCAGAAGUUAAAAUGGCUGAAUUUGUAUUCUAUCGUUUUUUUGAUGUUGGAAAGUGCAAGAUAUUGGAUAAGAUAGAUGACAAGAUUGCUGGAAUUGAAGUUAAAAAUAUUUUUAACAAUUUAGAUAGUCGAAAGCAUGUUGGUAUUGUGAAACCCGGUUUAGAAAAGAAAGAGGUUAGCGGGAACUUCAUGGCAUGUAAUGAAGCUGUGACUCCUUUGAGUCAAAAUAACUGUCAGCCAUUGAUUGAAAAACCAGAUGGCAAGUGUUUUGACGCAUUAGCUAGAGAACAUGCUGUUUCUAAAUCAUUGUUGGGAAAAAAACCUACUUUGAGAACUGGUGUAAAGGAAGCAAGUGAACUUAAUGAUUCUUUGCACCUGGUUUCCAACAACAAGAAUGCACCUCAAGAUAAAGUUGAAGAAAAGGGAGGUCACAAGGCCUCCUUGGUUAAACAAAAAUCAUUUUCUAAACUAUCACACGGUCCUAGAACUGAUUUGAAAAUGAGGGAAAUGGCUAAAAUGGACAAUGGGCGUGGAAAUGACUCUAUUGAGAAGAACAUUUCCACAUCUAGAGUUAAUUUAGGAAAUGAUCACAAGGAUGGUGGUGUUUCGGUUGGACAAUUUAAUAAGGGAGUAGUGGAGGAGUGGAGGAGGAAAUGAUGUCCAGAAGGAAAGGGCGGGGAGGUUUAUAAGGUGUAUAGUUGCAAAGAUGAACAAUAAUGGGAAGAGUCGAAAGCUGAUUACUUAUGACGAUGGAUUGACGAUAAUGGCGAUUGAUGUGAAAGACGUAGCUCAUCUUCAUCAAAGGAGAAAUAUAAGCUACGCGAAGUGGAUUCUUUGAUGUGGAGAGCUUCCUUCAAGGGUUAAAGAUUGACAAGACAACGAAACUCACUGGGUGACAAGUUGUUGCAAGGACCUCUUCAAUGAUUUCAUUGAAUGUGAACUCACGAGAGAGAGAUUUUGUUUCCAACGGAGGAGUGACCGAAGACCUG